UGCCAAAUGCGUUUUUAGUUACAAAUCUUAAACAGUGUCCUUUGUGAUUGUGAUUCUGUGAAUAUUUCAUAUUGUUGCUCAGAACAAACCAUUUCUUCAGUCACUACCAAAGAAGUUCAUGUGGAGAAGAGAAGUCAAGAAACUGAAUUAAGGAUAUUUCAUUUAAGAGGGCUACUUAUCCUAUCAAUCAAUCCUUCAAGUGCUGUAGAGGAAACCCGUUUAUCUUGUGACUGAAGACCACGCAAGCGAAUCGGUUUAAUUUCGAGUAGCAGGACUCAUAAGAUGAGGUUCCGGUUCUGUGGUGAUGGCGACUGCCCGGAUUGGAUUCUUGUCCAGAUAAAUACACUUGCAAGAAUGAGCUCAAUUAAAAUGAAGCUGUUGUGUCAAGUGGUUGCAGACAGUCUAGUGGAAGAGACUCCCUUGAAUUAUGAAAAAGUUAAGAAGCUGACUUCUGAUGCUAAAUUUGAUGAGGACGAGGUGAAGGCAACAGUAUCAGCUUUGACAUACAUUCUGACCAGUGCAGCCAAGUACGGUGUACCAGAGAACACCUUAACCCGUGAACUACAGCAGAUAGGUUUUCCUCGGGAGCACGGGCAAGCAUUGUGUCGUGUGUACAGUGAGCGUGAGGCAGCAUUGACGUCUCGUCUGGUCCGUCAGAGUCUACGAACCUCACGACUGGUGGAUGUUGCUACACAGAGACAUGGGGCUCACUGUACUGUCACUCUCACCUACUUCAACAGUCAGACUGACCUAACACACAAACAAACCUUCACUGCCUCAGACUCCCAGAUCACUACUCUUCUGUGUGGUAUUAUAUACCUUGUACAGUAGUGUAAUAGGCUAUCUUGGUUAUAUAGGGAUCUCAAGCUAUGCAGUGAAAGACUUGAAACUUUGGAAAAUGAACUGUGAAAAUUUAUGUUUGUUAUUAACUGUGAAGCAUAUAAAAAAUAUUACAACAAAUAUUUUUCCAUGUUUUGUUACAUAGUACAUAUCUAUCUCAUUUUGUAAUGCAAUUAUGUUAAAUUUAGAGUAUAGCUGUAUGAGUAUUUUGUUAUUAAAUUGUAAUACAUUUUCUCCAC